GUGCGUCGGUAUAACGUAAAUUCAAUAAUUACACUUUGCAUAACUAGUCAAAACAAGUGUAUUGUUUGUUUUUAAACAUUCUGUGUGUAAUUUGUGGAAAACCCGUUGAAUAUUUUGUGAUGAUCACUGAUGUGAUGACAGUGAGUGUAAGAGAUAUAGUGUGAUUUAAAACGUUGUGAUCAAUUCGUCUCAUCAUUGAGCGACACAUACAGACGGCGCAGACAGACUUAUAAAUUAACAUGGCUUUUGCAGGACUCAAGAAACAAAUUAAUAAAUGCAAUCAGUAUGUCACAGAAAAAAUGGGCGGUGCGGAAGGCACCAAAUUGGAUUUGGAUUUUAUGGACAUGGAAAGGAAAACGGACGUCACAGUUGAAUUAGUUGAAGAGCUUCAGCUAAAAACCAAAGAAUAUUUACAACCAAAUCCAAAUGCUAGAGCGAAAAUGGCAGCUGUUAAGGGCAUUUCAAAAUUGUCAGGGCAGGCAAAAACAAAUACGUAUCCCCAACCAGAAGGCGUGUUGGGAGAUUGCAUGUUGACAUAUGGAAAGAAACUUGGCGAUGAUACAGUUUUUGCAUUGGCGCUCAUUGAAAUGGGUGAAGCCCUCAAACAGAUGGCAGACGUUAAAUAUUCACUUGACGAUAAUAUUAAACAAAAUUUCCUAGAACCUUUACAUCACUUACAAACCAAAGAUCUUAAAGAGGUUAUGCAUCACAGGAAAAAACUACAAGGUCGGAGACUAGAUUUUGAUUGCAAAAGGAGAAGGCAAGCUAAAGAUGAUGAAAUUCGCCAAGCGGAGGAUAAAUUUGCGGAGUCCUUGCACCUUGCGCAAGUUGGAAUGUUCAAUCUACUUGAAAACGAUGUAGAACAAGUUUCACAAUUAGCAACGUUUGCCGAAGGACUUUUGGACUACCAUCAGCAGUGCACAGAGAUAUUAAAGAACUUAACAGAAACUCUUCUAGAAAAAAAAGAGGAAGCAGCAAGCCGACCGAAGAUGGAGUUUGUGCCGAAAACUCUAGCGGAUUUGCAUAUCGAAGGCGUUUUAGAAGGUGGAGUAAAUGGUGGGAGACACACGCCCUCCUCCGGUUCCCUUUCUAAUCCCUACGGCUCAUCUAAUAAUAUUUCAUUGUUCAAUAGCACACAAAAUAAUCAAAACAAUAGCAGUCAGAGAUUUACGUCUUCCUCGAGUAAUAUUUCUAAUCAGAAUAACAUAAGAAAUACACAAAUGACGACAGGAUCUCAUAGGAUAAUUGGUUUCAAUCCUAGUAUCAUUAAUAAUUCCAAUAGCAACGGUAGUAAUGGCUUUUCAAACAAUAAGAAUAAUUAUAACAACUCGACAAAUAAUGAUUUAAUGAAUGGAUGGGACGCAUUUCAAAUGCCACCGCCAUACCAGGCUAAGAAUAAAAAUAAUGUUCAUGAUCCAUGGAUGACAGCGGUUAUGCCGAUGAAUGUUUGUUACUAUAUGCAACCUGCUGAUGCUAUAGAAGCUUCAUUAACUAUUCAUUGUACCAAAUGUAGCCACAAACACAGCCACCAUCGGAACAUGCUAACUCAGCCAGCCACCACAACCCAGCCUAAAGGCAAAGUUUUGAAAACGCAGAAUAACAAACAGUUUGCUAGGAAUUUAGUAGAAUUUGGACCAUUUGGACAAGUUUAA